AAAGGGGAACAGAGUUUGAUACGAGAAAGGAGAAAGUGAAACUCGCGACUCCAUUCUGUGUCGAGGGGAAAAUAUGAAUGAUCUGGAAUAAAUUCACAGUGUAAUCUAUAUGAAUUGACAUGAACUCCAAAAUGAGAGUGUCUGGGGAACAGGAGACAAAGAAAAGUGAGAGUCUGAUUCAGGAAGAGAGAUCAGACUCACUUGAACCCAGCUGUGUGUCCACGAAAAGUGACAGCUCAAUGAAUCAUCCACCACUGCUUCAAAAGCAAGACAAGUCUAGUUCUCUGAGUCUCAUGCAGGGUAAGAGAUUGGACUCACCUGACCCCAGCUGUGUGUCCAUGAAGAGUGACACAUCAAUGAAUCAUCCACCAUUGCUCAGAGAGGGAGACAGUUCUAUUGAUAUAAGAUUCAAAAAGAGGACAAUGGAAUCAAAAAUAGUCACUAAAAAUCAAUUGGAGUCUGUAUUCAAGGAGCUGGAAAACAAAGUCAUCGCUCUGUUAAAGAAUGAGCUGAAGAGAUUUAUGAAGCUUUUGAGCGCAGAUUACCCAUCAUGCUCUGAGGAGGAGGAUGAGGAGGAUCACAUCAGUGUUAGAGAGGGAGUGCUGAAGAUUACACUGCAUGUUCUGAAGAACAUGAGCCACACAGAUCUCGCUAACACACUGCAGAACAAACUCAUCUCUGUUUACCAGCAAAAACUUAAAUCCAAACUGAGUGAGAAAUGUAAAAGAAUUAAUGAAGGAAUCUCACAGCAUGGAAGCUCAGCACUUCUGAAUGAGAUCUACACAGAGCUCUAUAUCACAGUGGGUUGGAGUGGAGACAUCAAUAAUGAACAUGAGGUGAGACAGAUUGAGACAGUGUCCAGGAGAACAGCAACACAGGAGACACCCAUCAAAUGUAAUAAUCUCUUUAAAGACAAGUCCAUCAGAAGUGUGCUGACAAAAGGAGUUGCUGGAAUUGGAAAAACAGUCUCUGUGCAGAAGUUCAUUUUGGACUGGGCUGAAGGAAAAGCAAAUCAGGACAUCACCUUCAUAUUUCCACUUCCCUUUAGAGAGCUGAAUCUGAUGAAGCAGGAAAAUCUCAGUCUGAUGAACCUUCUUUAUCAAUUUUUCCCGGAAAUAAAAGAAUUAUACUUUAUAGACUCUGAAAUUCACAAAGUCCUGGUUAUCUUUGAUGGUCUGGAUGAGUGUCGACUUCCUCUAAAUUUCCAGAACAAUGAGAGAUUGUGUGAUGUGACACAGUCAGCCUCCGUGGAUGUGCUGCUGACAAACCUCAUCAAGGGGAACCUGCUUCCCUCUGCUCUCCUCUGGAUCACUUCUCGACCAGGAGCAGCCAAUCAGAUUCCUUCUAUGUGUGUAGACCAGGUAACAGAGGUACGAGGGUUCAGUGAUCCUCAGAAAGAGGAGUACUUCAGAAAGAGGAUUGUUGAUAGGAGCCUGGCCAAUAAAAUCAUCUCACAUAUGAAGUCUUCAAGAAGCCUCUACAUCAUGUGCCACAUCCCAGUCUUCUGCUGGAUCUCAGCCACUGUUCUAGAGAGAAUGUUGGGAGAAGCAGAGAGUGGAGAGACCCCCAAGACUCUGACUCAAAUGUUCACACACCUCCUGAUCUUUCAGAUCAAACACAAGGACCAAAAGUACCAUCUGAAAUGUGACCCUGAUCCUCAGCAGACCAGAGAGAGUAUCCUGGCACUGGGAAAACUGGCUUUCCGACAGCUGGAGAAAGGAAAUCUGAUUUUCUAUGAGGAAGACCUGAGAGAGAGUGGCAUUGAUGUCAGAGAAGUGUCGGUGUACUCAGGAGUGUGUACCCAAAUCUUCAGAGAGGAGUUUAGGCUUCACCUAGGGAAGGUCUUCAGCUUUGUUCAUCUGAGUGUUCAGGAGUUUCUGGCUGCUUUAUACACAUUUCUCUCCUUCAUCAACAAACAUAUUGCAAAACAACAAACCAGUGAUCUGUCUGAUCUUUUCACCAAGACAAAAAUGUCUGAUUUCCUGAAGAGUGCAGUGGACAAGGCCUUAAAGAGUGAGAAUGGACACCUAGACCUUUUCCUCCGCUUUCUUCUGGGUCUCUCACUGGAGUCCAAUCAGACUCUCUUAGGGCACCUACUGCCCCAGACAGGAAGCAGCUCGCACAGCAAACAUGAAACAGUUGAAUACAUCAAGGAGAAGAUCAGGGAGAACCCAUCUCCAGAUAAAUCCAUCAAUCUGUUCCACUGUCUGAAUGAACUGAAUGAUUAUUCUCUAGUGCAGGAAGUACAGUGUUACCUGAACAGAGAUUACCGGUGUCUCAGUGGAGUCAGACUCUCUCCUGCUCAGUGGUCAGCUCUGGUGUUUGUGUUGCUGAACUCAGAAGAUAAUUUGGAUGUGUUUGAUUUGAGGAAAUAUAACAGAUCAGAGGAAUGUCUUCUGAGGCUUCUGCCAGUCGUCAAAGCAUCCAGAAAAGCUGAGCUUUGUUGGUGUGACCUCACAGACGAAAGCUGUAGAGCUCUGUCCUCAGUUCUCAGCUCGAACUCCUCCAGUCUGAGAGAAUUGGCCCUAAGUAACAAUAAACUGCAGGAUUCAGGAGUGAAGCUACUCUCUGAUGGACUGGAGAGUCCACACUGUACACUGAAGACACUCAGGCUGUGUGAAUGUGAUCUCACAGAGGAUUGCUGUAGAGCUCUGUCCUCAGUUCUCAGCUCAAACUCCUCCAGUCUGAAAGAACUGGACCUGAGUUACAAUAAUCUACAGGAUUUAGGAGUGAAGCUGCUCUCUGCUGGACUGGAGAAUCCACACUGUACACUGGAGACACUCAGGCUGUGUCGGUGUAAUCUGACAGAGGAAAGCUGUGGAUUUCUGUCCUCAGUUCUUAGCUCAAACUCCUCCAGUCUGAGAGAACUGGACCUGAGUGACAAUAAUCUACAGGAUUUAGGAGUAAAGCUGCUCUCUGCUGGACUGGAGAAUCCACACUGUACACUGGAGACACUGAGAUUGGUACAGUGCAGUAUUACAGGUGAAGGUUGUGCUGCUAUAGUUUUAGCUCUGAGGUCAAACCCUUCAUCACACCUAAGAGAGCUGAAUCUGAAUUACAAUCAACCAGGAGAAUCAGGAGUAAAGCAGCUCUCUGAUGUACUGAAGGAUCCACACUAUAAACUGGAGACACUAAAAUUUAAUUGAUUUUAAUUUAGAUCUGAGUCUCACACAGAGGAUGAUGAAGAUAAUCUUACGCUAUAAAGCUUUUUUAUAAACAGCUGUAAGAACUGAAAUGUCUACUACUUUGCUUUCAGUGAUAAUAAUCUGAUGGUCUACAACAUGUCAGGACUUCAUCUUCUCUAACUGUUUGUAAAAUUCACCAGCUAAGAGAAAUCAACUUUAAACGAACAGUACUGAAUCGCUUCUUGUUGACAGCUAAACCCGAACGCUGUUAAUGUACAGAUAUCAUGUGAUUUGUAAAUAGAGGUGUUUUUUUCUCAUUUACAAGUAGAAUAAGGCAACAGUUAUGUUUAAAAAACUUAAUACAUAACAUUAAAUGAUCUUAUAGUAUUAGUUUAUAACAGUAAUUUAGUCAGGGCACAAAGUUAUACAUUGUUUAUACACAAUUAUAAACAUAAAACAGUAUUAGAUUUAGCAAAUUCUAACUGUGCAAAUUUUUGUGUGCUUUUUCU